UUUCACUGUUACACACUCGGCCGUUUGACGGUCUGAGGUACAGUACUUAGGGAAGUAUCUUCGGGAAACGACAACUAUCUACCUGUAGACUGAUACUUACUAUUCCAAAAGUUUAAUCAUUGCGCCAAAAAAGAGUCUUGCAGAGUCAUCUGGAUCAUGGCUAAGCUCCAGGGGUUUGAUUUCUGGAAGAAGACCCUGAAAGAAGCGUGCUUCGUGGUGGCGCCCAUGGUGGACCAGAGUGAGCUGGCUUGGCGGCUACUUAGCCGUCGCCACGGUGCGCACCUCUGCUACACGCCCAUGCUUCAUGCUCAGGUGUUUGUUCGUGAUGCUAAUUACAGGAGGGAAAACCUCUACAAUGAGGUUUGUGAGGAGGACAGACCACUGAUAACUCAGUUUUGCGCAAAUGAUCCUGAGGUGUUCAUUCAGGCGGCUCUGUUGGCCCAGAACUACUGUGAUGCCAUUGAUCUCAACCUGGGAUGCCCUCAGAUGAUUGCUAAAAGAGGCCACUACGGAGUUUUCCUUCAAGAUGAAUGGGAGCUGUUAGAAAAAAUGGUGCGGUUAGCCAAUGAAAAGCUGUCUGUGCCAAUCACGUGUAAGAUCCGCGUGUUCGAGGACGUUGAAAAGACGGUCCGCUACGCGCGCAUGCUGGAGGAAGCGGGAUGUCAGCUGCUGACAGUGCACGGCAGAACCAAAGACCAGAAAGGCGCGCUGACCGGCGUUGCCAGCUGGGAGCACAUCAAAGCAGUGCGGAAGGCUGUAAAUAUUCCCGUGUUUGCUAACGGCAACAUCCAACAUCUGAGUGACGUGGAACGCUGCAUGAAGGAGACGGGCGUGCAAGGGGUGAUGAGUGCAGAGGGGAACCUCCAUAACCCGGCGCUCUUUGAAGGGUGUAGCCCCCCAGUUUGGGAGAUGGCUGAAGAGUACUUAGAGGUGGUAAAGCAGCAUCCCCCGUGCAACUUGUCCUACGUACGAGCCCAUCUCUUCAAACUGUGGCACCACACGCUUCAGAUCCACCAGGACCUGAGGGAGGAGUUGGCCAAGGUGAAAACCAUGGAGAGUUUGGCUAACGUUAGCACACAGCUGAGGCUACGCUGCCAGGACGAGAUAGCCAAAGGAAAAGAUACGGAAAAGGAAAGCAGCCUGCCCUUCCCUCACUGGAUCUGCCAGCCGUAUGUCAGACCACCGCCAAAGGAUCCAGCUGCCAAAGGUAACGGCCAAGAAUCAGAAGCAAAGAAGACGGUGUGCCAAAAGAGAGUCCUGGAGGACUCAGACGGAGCGACUCAAACACUCUCCAAAAAUAAACUGAAGAAAAGAUCCCGCAAUCCCAACAAGAACUUCUGCCCAGACCAGAAACCCAAGUACAUCAAAUGUGAACAGUGCGGGAACCCAAAGGGAAACAAGUGUGUCUUCAACCUGUGUCGAGGAUGCUGUAAGAAGAAGUCCUACAAGGAGGUGGCAAACUGUUUAAGCCACGGGCUGAAGUUUAAGACCAAGGCAGAGAGGUGUAAAGCUGAAGAGGAAAAGGAAACGGAGAUGGAGAGAAACUGCAGCCCUCCGCAGCUUCUUCUACAUCAAAGCACACAUCUCCAAUAGAAGGCGUAGCGGCCACCAUGGACCAUGUCUUCAUUCAGAAACCUGCUCUCAGCUGCUGACUGCAGAGUCAGAUGGCGCCUAUCCCAGGUUGACUUUGGGCGAGAGGCGGGCCAUACCGGGGACUGGUCUCUAGUCACAUGACACAUCAACAACCAUUCACACUCUCAUUUGCACAAUAAACAAAUUUGAAAGC